GGAGGAGGAGGAGGAGGCCCUGAGAGCGACAUGUCCCGGGUUGCCGAGGCAGAACGGUCCGCUGCGCUGUUCUCCUGAGUUGGGGGCGGCCGGCCGAGGACGAGGGUCGGCAGGGGCUGCCCCCGCCGUGGUGGCCGCCAUGCUGAGGCCCCGGGGAGCCGAGGGAACCGCUGUGGCGCUUCUCCGGCUGCUUCUGUUGCUGCUGCUGCUGGGACCGAAGCUCCGGGGUCCGGGGCUCGGCGUGGUCGGCGCCGCCGGGGCCGGACUGCCGGAGAGCGUCAUCUGGGCAGUGAACGCAGGCGGCGAGGCGCAUGUGGACGUGCACGGGAUCCACUUCCGCAAGGACCCUCUGGAAGGCCGGGUGGGCCGAGGUGAGAGCCCCUCCGGCCGAGCCUGGGGGGGUCCGCAGCCUGGGAGCAGGGCGCAGCUGCGGGCCUCGAACCCCUUCCUCUCCAGCCGGGAGACCACAGCCUUGGAACGAAGUUUCUCUCUGCAGUGAACCUACCCCCAGCCCCCCAACCCCCCACCCUCCAGGGACCUGGCCAGGACCCAGGGCCUAGCCCUGACUGGAAGCUUCCAAGAGCCAUCGAGGCAUAGAGUUGGCGAGAAGUUUAUAUUUAGACCCUUUCUCAUUUUACCUUGCCCCAGCCCCUCAUCCCACCCAAGCUGGGAAUGUAAAAGGCAAGGGUGGCCUUUUGCCUGGCGCCUGGAGGCCUCGCAGGUUGGAGGUCAUCGACUCCGCUGCUCUGCCAUCCAUCGCGACGGUUUCCAGGAGAUGCUUUGCCCACCCUACAGAUCACCCGCCGUUUUCCGUGCCCCUUCCAAGCCCGGGACUGAGGCUUGAUUCUUCGCCAGAACGGCAGGGAGUCUUCGAAGGGGGAAUACCUCGGACUAUGGCAUGAAACUGCCGAUCCUGCGCUCCACCCCGGAGGACCAGAUCCUAUAUCAGACAGAGCGGUACAAUGAAGAGACCUUUGGCUACGAAGUACCCGUCAAGGAGGAGGGCGACUAUGUGCUGGUGUUGAAGUUUGCUGAGGUCUACUUUGCACAGUCUCAGCAGAAGGUGUUUGAUGUCCGGUUGAAUGGCCAUGUGGUGGUGAAGGACUUGGACAUCUUUGACCGUGUCGGGCACAGCACGGCCCAUGAUGAAAUCAUCCCGAUGAGCAUCAGGAAGGGGAAGCUGAGUGUGCGGGGGGAGGUGUCCACCUUCACAGGGAAGCUAUACAUCGAGUUUGUCAAGGGGUACUAUGACAAUCCCAAAGUCUGUGCACUCUACAUCCUGGCUGGGACAGUAGACGAUGUACCAAAGCUGCAGCCUCAUCCAGGAUUGGAAAAGAAAGAAGAGGAGGAGGAGGAGGAGGAAUAUGAUGAGGGGUCUAAUCUCAAAAGACAGACCAACAAGAACAGGGUGCAGUCAGGCCCCCGCACGCCUAACCCCUAUGCCUCGGACAACAGCAGCCUCAUGUUCCCUAUCCUGGUGGCCUUCGGAGUGUUCAUUCCAACCCUCUUCUGCCUCUGCCGCUUGUGAGAGGACAAAUGGCCAUCCUCAGCAGGGUGGAGGGAGUGUGCGAGAAACCAGACACUUUGGUUUCUGUAAUCUUCACAGUGUUUAGGAAAAGAGAAAACAAAUCAAACAGCGCACACACACACACACACACACACACACACACACACACACACAAACACAGACACACAUGUGCUCACACACACACGGAAAGAGAUAAGAAAAGCAGAGAGAGUGGGGUCACCCCACCAACACAGGUUGCAGAGUGCUCAGUCCUGCUCUGCCUAGCUGGCCCCACCCCAGCUCUCUUUCUCUGGGGUACUUAGGGAGAGGAUCCUUCCUCUCCGAGGAUCCUCAUUAUAUACCUAGUAGGAAGGACUCUGAACUCAGAGCAGUCACACUUCCUUGGUUUUUUUAGGUUAGACAUUAACAAACAGCAGGAAAAUGUCACAUAACCUGGAAAGACCGCACUGGAGUUGGGUGUGUUCUGAGUUUCUGUCCAGAUGUGAUUUCAGCAGUCAUGGUAUUCCAAGUGUGUGUGUGGAGGUAGAUAAGUGGGACGGUAAAGACAAAGGCGUGGAAGAGAAAGUCAGCGCUUCCUUCCUGGGAAGCCUGUCGUCUGGGUUAAUCUGUUGAUGUAUCUUCAUUGUCAUCUCUCAUCCUGAUGUGUGCCAGUUAGAGGACUGUCUGGUAUCCAAGACGACUAGUGUAUGUCAGGUCCUCAAAUCACCAACAGCUUGUUACUACAACAAAUUGUUUUGAUUUUAGUGCCUGUUGAGGACUUGAUUUCUUCUUGAUUUUUCUCUUAAUCUGGUUCAUUUGAAAUUUCUCACUUCUUAACCAUAGAGCUAAGUUAUUGUCAAAACUGGGCAGGAGACAGGAGAUUGGAGUGGUCUCUGCUGGGGUGUCUGACCCUCCACCACCUCACCUUGUUGGUACCUCCCUCCCUGAAUUCCUGAGCCAGCAACUCUUACUGGCCCCUCCAUAGGGUCUUGCUGCCAGGGACAGGGAUGCUUUCCAGCCUGCAGCAACAGAACACUUGACCUUAAAAGUCUCUUCUGGUCUUUGGAUUAGAAAAGGCUUAUGUUAGCAACCUCAGAGACUUGAGCCCUGCUAAGUGACUGACCACUGUUUAGAAUGUCCAGAAUCUGAUGUCCAUCUGUCCCUGUGUCUUCUGUCCUCUUUCAGCUAGUUUAGGCUUAUGCCUAGAGUCACCCCAAAGAACUGAGACUGGCUGCAGCAGCCCAGCUGUGUUUCUCAUUGAUGAUAAUAGUAGGCUCUACUGCCCUCCCCUCCCCUAUCCAAGUAGCAGUUAAGUUCCAUCCAAAUACGUGGGACUCAAAGACUCCUAGUCAGCUGUAGUUCUGGAGGCUCUGAAUGUCUAACUUUAGCAUCAAAGUGUCUGUCUCAGAUUCCCAGUAAACACCUCUGUAGGGGAUGAAGUUUCCAUGUCCCCCAUCUUCCUUUUGGUCACCUUCAUCUGUGUGUCAGUUAAGACACAGUGAGGGACAGCCCAGCUGCAAUAAAAGGGAUUUUCUAUGUCAGAAGCAGCAGGCUUUGCUUCAGCUUGAGUUGGAGCCGUGUGAGUCUCAGGCCAGGCCCUUAUUUCUGAAUGUGUUUGAAUUUUAAGUUUGCCUUAUCAGAUAUCUGAGCUGUGCGACAAGUAAGUAGCUCUGGGGCCAUGUCUUGACUGGCUCCUAAUGGUGACUCCAGGCCAGCACUUGGUCAUUUGAGAACUGUCUUCUGUGUUCUCUGUGACUUAGGCUAGCCCUAGGGUACUGAGGUGGCAGCUGCAUGGCUGUGGCCUGAAGUUGCACUUGCAAAGGUCCUGCUUCUACAGGACGCUGAGGUACUUACUACCCUGGUCUCGGGAACUGCCUGCCUAGGGCAACAGAUGUCCUGACUAAUCUGGCUUCUGGUUCCCGGUCCAUCCCUAUUUACAAAGCUAUGGGCCACUGUCAGCACAUUAAACAAGGUGAGGGAGAGUAGCUGCCUCCGUGUCACCUUGUCUGCCUGGGUCUCUGAGGAAGGAGGGGUCCUGCUUUCUCACCCAGCUCACCCCUUUGGUGACUCAGAGUCCUUCUCAGAAGGAAACCCUGACUCCUGGGCCAUUUCCUAAUGGUACUGUAAGCCAAGUGGCUCGGCUUCUGCCUCUGUUUCCAAGCCCACCCCUUCCCGGAGGGAUAGGGACGGGUGCUUUCCUCUCUAGUUGUAUCUGAGCGGAAGGAACAUCUUUCUGUAGCUAAUAAAAACUAAAAGGGAAGAGGAAGCAGAAGGGAAGGAGUGUGGCGGAGGCUGGGAUGGAUUCCCUAAGCCAAGCCUGCCCAGCUAAUGAGCUGUUUGACGUUGAACUUGAAAGCUUUCCCCUCCCUCUAAGAUGAUGUAGGUACUUGAGGUUUGGGUUAAAGGGGCUGGGUGGGGCACGCUUUAUUUUUAUUUUUGUAUUGUGUAUGUCAAGAAUCACUCCAUUGUUCGUGUUGCUUUUUGCACUGUUUGUUCCCCGCUGUGUUUUGAGCUAGAACAAGGAGUUGCCUGGGAUUGGGAGCUGUGGGUGGUGCAAGUCAGGGAGUGGGCCAGGAGAGGCCCGGGUUUUCUGUUUGAGCUAUACUCUGACCCAGGAUGUUAGAGCACACUGAUCCAGCCACUAGAGAGAAAGGUACAAGAGCAGAGCAGAGGAGCAAGCAAGGACAGCUGGGUUGAGUCUGCAGGUCCAGUGUGGUUUAGGUCAGUCAGGGGCCAGCUGGCCUCUGACUGCAUUGCUUUAGGUCGUAUUCAAACUCUCUUAAACAUUGUGCCAAGAAACGAUUUGUGGGAUUCAUGUCCCGAAACCAUUAAAUCUAUUGUUUGGAAAGUCUGCAGUCCUGAGGAGGGCUUGCUCACUGGACACCCACAGAUCUGGCCCUUUGAAAGGCAGCCUUCAGAUGCCCAUCGUGUGAGAGGCGCUGCCUGUUGAUGAAGUGUGUGACCUUUUCUCCUGCUGAGUGGGAGAUCCCAGGGUCCCACACGCCUCACCUCGGUGAGUGGGCAGAGCUGAGCCGCACUGUGUGCCUGGGAGCAGGUUACAACUCUGGUUUGACUUUCAUUUUGUUGAGAAGCUUCUGUUUUAAGGAAUUUCUCCUUCUUGUCUCAUUCCUGCCUUUCCUGGGAAGGGCCUGGCCCUGAUCUAGAGUCUUAGCUAAGGAGCUGAGAAACAGCCACAGUACUCCCUUCUCUUCGCGCACAGGGCCCUCUCUCUUAGAGACUGCUCAGCUUUCGAGUCCAGGGAGGAGUCAGCGGGGAGUCAGCAGGUUCUCUCUCCUCCCUGGGAACUGGGGACCAACCCACCCCGGCAGCACAGUGCCUUUUUUUCUCCUGCUCUGAGUCAGGUGGGCGUCCCCUCUAGAUCCAGGUCUGGGCAGGGGUCUGAUGGUCCACUGUGGGCUGUUUCCCUAUCCACCCCCCUCCUUGCUGGCCUACUCUGACAUAAUACAAGUGUCUUCUUGCCUUGAGGAACCUUAAUGGCAUUGUGGCCACCACAUGUGACUCUUCUCCGUGACUCUAUAAAGACCUAGCAGAGCAUGUGAGCAUUCUCAAACAAGAGACUAACUGAUGCUCCUGCUGUUAAAAAGGCAGAACUAGGGAGGUGACUUUAGGCCUCCUGCUGUGGCCUCUGAAGAAGGUGACUCUUCAGGUAAGACUGAUGGAGGCUACACCGACAAACCGCAGACACGCAGGAUCUGCUCAGAGAUUGCAGAAGAGCGUGGCCUCUCUUAUAGGGAAGAUGUAAUUAUGGAUCAAAGAGUGCUAAGAAAAUUGCGAAGAAGCCUUACUGCUUACACCAGAGAGCUCAGGGCAGCUUUAUCUUCCAGGUUUAUCUAAAACUAUCUGUGUUGGGCUUCCCUGACACGGGAGAGGGGCAAGGAUAGACGAUUGACAUGGCACUGAUGGUCAGUUGCCCAGGGAGGCCGCUUACUCUGGAUGCAGAUGGCUGCUGCCGAUCCACUCUGUCUUUCUCGGGCUGCUUUUGCGUCGUUGUCCUAGGUGGCCAGAUUGUCUUGAUAAGAGCAGAUCUGGGGACUGAUCGGAUUGGCAGGAAAAGAACAGAGUGCAUCUCUUGGGAUGGGCUUCUCUCGGAGUGUAAAAGCAAGGGGCCAGGAUUGUGCUGGCAGCCAGGGAGACAGUAGUGCCUGCGGAAGUUGGCAGAGGAGGCCUUGGCAUGCUCGCAUCCAGGCAGUCAUGUGUGAUGGGAGCACAUAGCAUCGGGAGAAGCAGAACUCCAUCCUCACCUCUAUUUUGAGCUUAGUGCUUUAUUUCAGUAUGAGGAAAAACAACAACAAACCGAAGUGUGCUUUCCGUCCUUUCAGAGGACAACUGUCAGGAAACAGUUGAGGUGCCAGGUGGGAGGGGAGACUUGGCAAGGAGAGAUGUCGUGGCAAAACUAGGAAAAGAGACAUUCUUGGCUCUUCUCUUUCCUGGUGUGCCAUGAUCCAGGGAAUGAAAAGAAAUUUGACCCUGGAUUAGUUUCUUUGUCGGCGCUGAGGAACACUGCUUUUUCACAAAGUUCCCCCGGGAUAGAAUGGCUGUCCAGUCUAAGCUCAGGGCAGCCUCUUCAACCACUGUUGGCCCAGCCUGGCUUGUGAGGAAACCAGCCCUGUCCCUCAGUAUUGAACUUGGCUGCUUGUGGGAUCCAGUCCUGGAGGACAGGCAUCAAGUUCUUAGCCUCUGUAGCUCUUAGCUUUCCCAUCUUUCCCUGCAAGGCCACACCGUGCAUUUACAGCAGUGUGGCAAGGUGUAGGAGGGACCUUGAACCUGGCUGGCCAGGGCAGCAGCAGGAGUAGGUAGAGCUGUUGUUCCUUCUGGGCUGUCUCCAUCCAUCUAUACCCCUUUCAUGCCCCACCCCACUCCCACCAAAAAGUAAAAAAUCAGGAUGUUUUUCACUGUCCAUUGCUUUGUGUUUUAAUAAACAAUUUGCAGUGAUA